AUUUUAUGGUAAUUUAAUGUUUCAUGAUCAGUAAUUUGUACUUCUUUUCGCUUUCAGCUGAAUUUAAUAGAAAUUAUACUUUUAUUUUCAUUUUAUACUUGAAGUUGAAGCUAAUACACUUCAACGUUAAAGAAAAUGGCUAAACUAGUAAUAUUAUUACAUGUCUAUAUCCUUAUUUCAACUGUUGAAAAAGGUAGGGAGAACUUUUUUUUCGUAUUAUUCUCAAAAGAAAAGUAGUCUCUUUACUACUGUUGAGAUUUUAUAAUACAAAAUAGGUAUUGGGUCAACUAGAAGAACUUUAAAGUUGCAGUCUUACAACACAUUUCGUAUGGGUCUAAUUAAACAAAAUGUACGCUUUGAGGCUUUAAAAGAAAAGCUAAUAGAAAGUGAUAGCGACGUUAUUUGCCUACAAGAAAUAUGGAAUGAUGAGGAAAUAUUUGAGUUAGCAGGAUAUCUCGAAGAGAAAUAUCCUUAUUCAUUUAGUUUCAUCCACGAGAGUAACGGAUCUAUUCCGCAACAUAUACUUAAAGGAAAGAGCAAGUGCGAUGCAAGAGUACUUGCCGACAUUUUGAAAUGUAUGUCGCUAUCUUGUGCCAAAGCCAUGAAUAGAAAUUCUCUAUUUAGCUGCACAUUACAGAAAUGCCAAGUUUUAAACAAAAUAGAGAAGAAAUGCUUAGAGUGUUUCAUAUUCAAAGCUCUAACUUGUGUCGAUACGAAUCGACCUGAUAAAGAUCCUUUCGGCUUUGGUCAAUGCGUUAUGGAGGCUGCCGGUCAAGGAAGAUUAACUUACAUAUCUAUUUUUACCUAUAAAAAACAAAUACUAAGGCAAGCCACUGAGCCUGGUAGGGAGAAUCACGGCUUACUUUUACUGAGCAAGAGAAAAUUCUUGAAGAACUCCCUCAAAGCUCUCCCUUUCGAUAGGAGAAUGAUAGUGCAGAGGGGCUUCCUAGAAGUUCAAUUAGUUGGUUAUAAAUACAUUUCUUUGCUCUCUGUAAUUUUUCUCCUUAAAUCAGUCGCUACUGGAUAUAAAAGCUGGCGAGAAUUGAAAGAAAAAGCGGAAGUGGAUUUUCUAAUAAAUAGAUAUUCUAGCGAUUCGAAUACAUUCUUAUUAGGAGAUUUCAACAUCGGACCGGAAAUUAAAGAGAAACAAAUUGACGGCUAUUUCGAUAAUCUAUAUCAAAAAAUGAAAGAGAAUGGACUAAGGAAUGUAGCCGUUGAUCAUUUGGCAUUAUGUACUUAUUGCAAAGAUAAUACAAUUGUUCAAAUUAUGGAUCCAGGAUAUUCCAAGAAUUGUAUUCUUGAUGGAAUAAUUCCUAUUAACAUUCGCAAUAGAAUUGUUAAAGUAGAGAGAGAAUAUGUUAGGGAUGUUAGAAAUCCGAUUAUUUUAUCAAUUCCAAUGUCUGACCAUUACGGCAUAAGCGCCAUCUUUGAAGAGAAUCAAAAUUAA